AUGGUGCUCAAGCUGAACAGCCUCUAUCAGCGAGCCUCGAGCAAAAUCCUCACCCUGAUUUCUCAGUCGAAGAACGCAAGGAUUUCCAGAGAGCUCGAGCAUGCCGUGUUGCUCAGCCUUGUACGCUCGACCAGGCGGCUCGGCACGGAUGUCUCGGUCGAGACUCGCCUCGUCUGCAAGCAGUGGGAUCAAGACCUUCGAAGGGCUUACUGGAAAAAGCGCUGGCUCAACGUUCGCCCCAAGGUGGCUUCCUGGUCUAGGAUCGGCGAGCGUCUGCGUCUGCUCAUCGAACAGGCACCGUUGAUCCACAAAGUCAAGCUCGACAAUGUCCUCACGGAUAUCUUACCCACGUCGUCGGUGCGCGCAGUGCAGGCCUGUCCUGAGCUCGGCAAGCUCGCAGAAUGCCGCAUCAAGGAGAUCAAUGUGGGAAGAUUGGACAUGCUCAACGAGGUGAUUUUCAAGUGCAUGCUGUCGAGCCAACAGGCCCGCUUGCGUCACUUUGCCUUCCGUGCCAAGGACGCAGGGCUGUUUCUCGGCAGGCGCUCCAUCUUUGCCGAAUCGAACUUGCACAUGCCCAAGCUGCGCAAGAUUACGAUCGAUAUCAGCACCAGUCCGAACGACGGUCUCACUGACGACGUUCACGGUACCAUGGCGGGACUGCCCUCGUACUUGGCGGGCGAGCUCGCGGGCGGAGGUAGAGACGCGAAGAACAGAAAUCUGGAAGUCAGCAUCUUUUGCAUGCCCGAUAUUCCCGACCCUUCCAGACCGUUCAUCAGCACAGCUCACCUGUCGCUGGCAAGAAGCCUCGUCACUCUGAUCAAAACCAUCAUGCAAGACCGCCACAUCACGGUGCUUGUAUCCUUCGAAGGCCCCUUAGAAAGCCAGGCACGAUCCACCAUCCGUGACAUCUUGGCCUGGGCGGAAACCAACAACGUACGCCUCGUGAAUACGUCACCCCCCAGCAACGCCACCCAAAGGAUCGCUUAA